AUGGGAGCAGAGCGGCCGGGAGCCCUGGAUGUGGCUGCCUAUGGCCCGCAGCCCUUCCCCAGCCCUCGGCUCCAACACCUCAAGGCUCCUCUGCCCCCGCCUUGCCUGGGAAAGGCCGCGUCUGCUCUCUCAGGGCUGGAUCUGACGUGGGAAACACGUGAGGCUGCAAACCUCAGAUCAGCACCAUCUUCUCCACGUGGGCUCCAGCCAGGGUGGUAUUUCCUGCUGCCCAGGCUGCCGAGCACGGUGUGGGGUGGUGGCGGUGCCGAGGGCCCCCACUCAGCCUGGACCUCGACCUCGGCCUGCCCUCCAGUCCCAAGGCUGGGGGAAGAGCAGUUGGUGUGGAUAAAGAAGUGGAAUGCAGUCCUAGCUGGGAGCCCUGCACCCCAGGCCCAAGCCUUCUGGAUCUCUUAG